AUGAAUUUCUUCAUCAGCGUGGCCAAGAAAAUCAAGAGCGACCGGCAGAAGAAUAAUCACAUGGUCAGUCUAGCCUAUUUGAGCAUGUGGUUAGGGGAGAACCGAGUUGACUUUCUGCAGUUAAUGAUAGACUCCCAAGUUUCAGGAGAGAAAGCUGAAGAGGCACAUUCCUAUAAAGUUCUAACUGACAAGGAAAUCAUUGCACAAGCCAUUAUAUUUAUUUUUGCUGGGUACGAAACCACUAGCUCCUCCCUUACCUACCUGUCUUACUGCCUGGCCACCCACCCAGAUGUCCAGCAGAGACUCCAAGAUGAAAUUGAUGAAGCUCUCCCUGACCAGGCCACGCCCACCUAUGAUGCAGUCCUUCAGCUGGAGUAUCUGGACAUGGUGGUGAGUGAAACCCUCCGGUUGUACCCCCCAUCAGGACGGAUUGAGAGGGUUUGCAAAAGAACCGUGGAGAUUAAUGGAGUGACUAUCCCAGAAGGAACCGUGGCCAUGAUCCCAGUGUACACCUUGCACCAUGACCCGGAAUAUUGGCCGGAACCAGAAGAAUUCAGACCCGAGAGGUUCAGCAAAGAGAACAAGGAAGCCAUCGACCCCUACAUCUUCCUGCCCUUCGGAGCCGGUCCGAGGAACUGCAUCGGGAUGCGCUUUGCCCUGCUGACCUUGAAAGUGGCCUUGGUCAUUCUCCUGCAAAGGUAUUCCUUCCGAACCUGCAAAGAGACUCAGGUCCCCCUGGAACUGGACACCAAAGGCUUCAUGCAACCCAAAAAACCCAAGAUGGUCCCCAGAGUCUGUGCCGAACAUGAGAAACAGAUGAAUUAG